UGGGAGUUGGCGUCCUAAAAUGGCGUCUCUCCUGGACGAUACUUUGUUCGAGACGCGCGGACAAGCGCCGUCGCCCAGCAAAGACUUCUACCAAAUCAUCGUUACUAGGAAGGAAAAGACCUGCUCCCUCAAAUCCUUCUCUCCUGCCUCCAUGAGAUGACAGACAGUUUCUAGGAGAGGUGAGCAAAGAAUGCCAGGCAACCAUUUAUUAUGACACUUAUCCAAGUUUAUGCUCGAACUACUGAUGCAGAAGAAGAAGGAGUUAAUCUGAAGUUGACAAAAUAUGUAAUUUUCAGGUGGUGGAAAAUUUCUCUUCGGAGUGAAUACCGUGAAGCAAGGCCUGGAGAACUCAAAGAAUCUCAUGAAGAUUUCUUGGAUAAUCCCUCCCUCCAAAUUCAAAUAGCCAUUGUGUUUGGAGCAAGCACUCUGGAGCAUAUCUUCAAUCUGUGCAGAGGUAAUUUUGAUUUCCUGGUGCGACUGCCGGAUACAUUGCUUCUGUACAUCAUGUCUUACUUGGAUCUUGAAGACAUUGCAAGGCUUUCCCAAGUAUCACACAGAUUUGAAACGUUAUGCAACUCUGACAAACUAUGGGAAGUGAUUGUGCAAGACUUAUUGGGCACCAUCACUCCAGAAAUGAAGUCCCUGGCACAAGAAAUUGGGUGGAAGCAGUUUUUCUUCACUAACAAGCUUCAGCUGCAAUUACAGCUACGAAGAAGGAAAAAAAAGUCACCUGGUUCUUCUGGAAGUCUUUCUGAUUAGAUGAGUAUUUUUCCUAAUUAAACAUUUUGAAAAGUGUGGAUUUAUUUUUUUUUAGUAAAAAAUCUGAAUAAAGAUUUGAAUAAAGAUAAGAGGCUGCCUUAAAAUAGGCUAUUAGAGAUGCCUGAGAAAAUCUUUGUUUUGUUAUUCCAUAAAUUUUCAUUUAAUAUUUAAUUUAAAUUGCAUUUUGUUCUAUAUUUGUUUUCAGUAAAUUUAUUUAAAUUGUUCACAUUUUAUGUCUUUUGAUGUGGUUACCCACCCACCCACCCACCCACGUAUUCGGACUUGGUGGCCAGCAGAUGGCAGCCACCUUUUAUUUUGUAUCACUGUUAUCAGCGGUGAUCGCUAAUAUGUAUGUACUGUAUGGAUUCAUAGAGAAAGCUGUUUUCGUUUUUCCAUACAAUACCUGAAACGACACAAAAUAGGUAUAGCAUUCCUGAAAAUAAAAUGAGAACUUCCAGGAAAUGGCAAAUAUAAUCAGCUGCUGUUAUCAAAGAAAGUUAAGAAUUCCACUUUCCAAAUUAAUAUCAAAUAUAUGGGAUAAUGAGCUCAUUAGUUCUUGGUUUCAUUUGCUAUAAAGCUGUUAUAUACUUUUCUUUUAAUCAAAUUACUAACAUUUAUGUGACUGUCCCACAAUUUCAUUGACAGAGCAAACAUUUCUUUCUCAGGCUUUUAGUUCUAAAGUCCUCAGAAGACCUAUCCCUAAAAAAAAUUAAGGGGUGGAAUCUUGCAUCCUAUGCUUAUGAAAUAAUUUUUCCUGAAUUGAACUACAAAAUCUGAGUAGCAUUAAAUUUACCAAGAAAUGUAUUUGCCAGGCAAGGGUGUAACUUCCUGACAUAUGACAAUUACACUGUGAAUUACAAAUUUCCAGCAUACUGAAUCCCUUGUUGUUUCGUAAAUGUAUAAAAAUGUAUAAUGCUUUUCCUGUAGCGUUAAAAUGCUGAUUCAUCCUGAGUGGCUCAAAAAUAAGAAUAUUCUGUAAUAGUUUUGUUUAAUAAAUUAAUUUAAAAUGGAUAAGAGGACCAGAUCAACAAAAAUGUAAUUUUAUCAGAAGCAUCGUCAACAAAAUAACCUUUUCUUCUUGAGAAUACUACUAUAGUAUUUAUGAUAGACUGAAUGAUAAAGCAAUAUUGUUCAUAAGGAUCCUGAUUAUUUGCAUUAUAAAGGGUCUUUUUGUUACCUAAUGUAAUUUUCUAGAAAGUAUUUAUAAAGAUGGGGCCAUUAAUCUUAUAAUAGGAAAAUAGUGUUUCUACUUGAACAACUAAAAAUACAGCUAAAUGAUCUGAAACAAUGCAAACACGACAAUUUUCUAUUUUAACAGCUUCAAAAAACAUACCU